AAUUUUGAGAAAAGCCCAGAUCUAGGUUUCAUCACAGCCAUUCCCAAUGUUGCUUUGCCUCUGCUUUAUUGUCACUUUCUUUAUCAUCCAUUUGGUUCUUGAUUCCUUUUAGCACACUGUAGGAUUAGGGUUUCGAUAACCAAUUCCAGUUGUUUGAUACAACAAGCUCAGACGGAACAUUAGUGGUGUCGUCGAAGAGUUCUAUGCUCAAUUCACUUCUUUUCUGGAGUUUUCUCUAACUUCUGGUGAUCUUUCCUCAUCAACUCUCGCGAUUUUCCUUUCCUCAUCAACGAAUUCCUACAGUAUGCCAUUGCCUACUUCUAUUUGGGUUUGAGAAAUUGAAGAGUCUGCUUGAUUCACUUCUUUGCUAGAGUCCAUGUGAUGCAGUGCUCAAAACUGUUAUUUUGUGGUUCUGUUGUUUGGAAUUUGUUGUGGCAGAGAUGCUCUUUUUAAGGUAUUUAGUUUGGAUUUCUGUAGAUCUACAAAUAUAAGGUUUGGUUUGGAUUUAAACCAUGGACUACAAAAAAUGUGAUGCAGUGCUCAAAACAAGUUAUUUUUGCAGAUCUGGGUUUGAGAGAGGAUAAGAAAAAACCUUUCUCUUGCCACAACAGUGCUGGCGAAUCGGCGGUGAUUGUGAAUGGGGAUGAUAAGAAGAUUCUGGUGAAGACAGUGAAAGGGAAGGUGUGUACACAGGGGUGGGAGUAUUCCUGGUGGUCACAAUACUGUUGCAAUCAAACCUAAUCAGAUUUGUUCCAGGUUUACAACUUCAAGGAGCUUUUUUUCCAAGAGGAAUUCACCGGUGGCACAUGCGGUGGGGUUUUGAGACUACCAGUCUUUUAUUCUCGCCGCAGCUAUAUAUGAGCCGCUUGGUUUUGGGACCACUGGAGGGAAGGUUAUGCAGAUGAAGAAGAUUGUCACUUUUCUUACUCAUGUCAACGCCAAAACUUCUUGUGAAUAUUGUGUAUUUCUGUUUUGAAUUUGAUCCAUUGUGAAGUUCAGUGCGCAUUUAGUUAGAUUUGGCAACUCUUAGGUAUAGAAAUUCCAGUUGGCUGUUAGGAAAGUGGCAGGAACUGAGAAAAAUUAUU